GUCAAAGAAGAAUUUAUUGCAAAGUGUCAACUUUGAUUACGAGACGAGACAUUUUUCAUUCAAACUUCGACUUCGUGGAAUUCGUGGCAGUUUUGCUUAUUUUAAAAAUUCAGCGUAAUGCUGGAAAUGCGAUGUUGUACGAAUUGAUGAGCGUUGAGUGAAGACAUCUAAAAUUAAAAUAAAAUGACCACCAAACGCGAUGUAAACAAUCCAUGGAAUAAUAAACCAUCGUCUGGCAAUCCGGCGAAUGCAAAAUCGAAUAAAGGAUCCGCAAAUACGAAACCGAAGAACAAGCAAGCAGAUCAAAAGUUUAAAGAGGCAAGGGAGAAACAUGAGGAAUAUGCCAAAAAACACAACAUUUUGGACUAUGACUCAAGUUCUGACGAAGACCUGGAAACGGGAUCUAUGCUCGAAUCCGUAUUCAAGAACUAUGCCGGAGACAACGCAGAACUUCAGCGUACACAGGACUUUUUGGAAAAUGUUUUUCAGUCAGGUUCUGCGACUUGCCUAAUCUGCAUCGCAACAGUUAAACGUACCGAGGCUAUAUGGUCUUGCGAGCAUUGUUUCUGUUUCUUUCACUUGGCGUGCAUACAACGUUGGGCGAAUGAUUCGACGUCACUGAAGAAACUCCAGUACGAGUCGGAAGUUGACUACUAUAACAACCGUGGCGAAUUGAUCGUUCGACAGAAGAAAGUUGUGAAAUGGGACUGUCCAAAGUGUCGCAAGGAUUACAAUUUCAGCGAGAUACCAAAGCACUACACAUGUUUUUGUGAAAAAGAAUUGAACCCACAAAAUCAUCCAUGGUUGAUCCCACACUCUUGCGGUGAUUCGUGUGGAAAGGCCCUGAAGCCAGAUUGUGGACAUAAAUGUGUUCUGCUAUGCCAUCCCGGUCCCUGUCCACCCUGUCCACAAGUUGUAAUGACAUCUUGUCUAUGCGGUACAUCCAAUCCGAAAUCGAUGCGUUGCGCACAAAAGUCUUGGAAAUGCGUGGCCAAGUGCAAGUUGAAGCUCAAGUGUGGAAUUCAUGUGUGCGGAGUGAUUUGUCAUGACCGAAGCAAAUGUCCGCCAUGUUCGAAGAAAAGCAAGCAGUCCUGUUUGUGUGGCAACAGUACGCAAGAACGCAAUUGCGACGACCUGGUGUGGCAAUGCGAUAAGAAAUGCAAUAAAUUGUAUCAGUGUGGAAUACACAGCUGCCAGCAAAAAUGUCAUAUCGGCGAUUGUGGUGAUUGUCCACUGGGAAGACCGAGAGAAUGUCCUUGCGGAAAGCAGAAAACGAAAGCGCCAUGUUCCGAAGAAAUUGGUCCCUGUGGUGACACUUGUCAGAAAAUGUUGGAAUGUGAACAGCAUAUCUGCGUCGAACGAUGUCAUAAGGGAAAUUGCUCUCCGUGCAUCGAAAUAAUUCGGAAACAAUGUCGGUGCGGUCAACAUUCCAAAGAGCUGCCGUGCUCCAAAUCGUUUCUUUGCGACACGAAGUGCAAACAGAUGAGAGAUUGUAACAAGCAUGCAUGCAGUAGAAAAUGUUGUGACAACCAGUGUCCGCCGUGCGAUAAAGUAUGCGGAAAAACUCUGUCUUGCGGAAAGCAUAAAUGCACAUCGUUGUGUCACCAUGGACCGUGUUAUCCUUGCACGGCAAAGGCACCAGUGAAAUGCCGUUGUGGCAAAACGGUCAUCAAUGUGGCUUGCGGCCGAGAGAAGAAGACAAAACCACCAAAGUGUUUGCAACCAUGCCGCAUCCCAUCCAAGUGUCAUCACGACAAUCCGCACAACUGCCAUCAAUAUGAAUGUCCACCGUGCACUCAAUUGUGUUUAUUGGCCAACGAUACAACCAAUUGCGAUCACCUUUGUCAGGUGAAGUGUCACGAUUCCGUUAAGGUGUCAUUCAUCGACAAAAAUUUCAAACCGGCCGGUCCAUGGGAAAAACAAGUUGAACGGAUCGAAAUACAAAAACUGCCACAUCCACCAUGCAAUGUCGAAGUUCCAGUAGUUUGUAUUGGUGGUCACGAAAAAGUUCUAUGGCCCUGCUGGAAUUCGCAACCGUCAUCGUGUGGUAGAAAAUGUGGCCGGCAGCUGUUUUGUGGCAAUCACUUUUGUCAGAAUCAGUGUCACAGUGUGACUGACAUGAAUUCCAAAAAGCAAGACGAUUUAUGCGGUCCGUGUCAGGAGGAUUGUAUCUUUGAACGAUCAAACGGAUGCAUCCAUCCCUGUGAAAAACCUUGUCACACUGGCGAAUGCGAUUUAUGCGUUGCUAACAUCAAAACGGUUUGUCACUGUGGACUAACGCAGGUCUACUACAAAUGCGGAGACUAUUUCCGGCAUGAAUCCGAUGAAAGUGCUUUGGCGGCAGAUCGUGAGAAAAUGAAAAGUUGUGGCAAUCGAUGCAUCAAAAAUUACAACUGUGGACAUCGUUGCAUAGAUGUUUGCCAUUCAGGAAAGUGUCUGAAUUCCGAAGCAUGCAAGAAGAAGUCAAAAGUCUACUGCGAAUGUAAAACGCGAAAAGUCGAUGCAACUUGUGACAAAAUUCGUGCUGGUUUUCAAUUGACAUGCGACGAUACGUGUAAGGUUCGCCGCGAGGAAAUGCGUCUGGCUGCCGAAGAGCAAGACCGGAAGCAAAAAGAGAUCGAAGACGAAAAGAAUCGCUUGGAAAUGUUGGACUUCGAGAAGAAAUUCGGCAAGAAGAAGUUCAAGGAACGAAAACGGAGCGUGGUUGAGGAAACCGAGAGUAAAGUCUGGAUGAUUUGGAUUGGUAUUCCGGUUGUUUUAGCUGUAGUCAGUGUGAUUGUGUAUUUUGUCUUUGCUUGAUACGAUUUGAUACUAAAAUAAACCAAUGUGCUGGUGUAAGAAA